UUUGUGCAUACCUCUGACUAACCCGAGCUUUCUGUCCUCCCAUGAAGAAGUAWGAACCGGUGAAGAUGGAGAUGUACGACGUGCUCGACAAAGUGGGAGAGGGAAGUUACGGGACGGUGGUGAAGUGCAGGCACAAGGACACGGGAGAGAYGGUGGCCAUUAAAAUUUUGUACGAUAAAUCAGGAAAAAGUGCUACCAAAACUGCAAUGAGAGAAGUGAAGUUUCUGCAGCAAUUUCACCAUGAGAACAUGGUCAACCUGAUUGACGUAUUUAGGCAGAAAAAAAGAAUUCACUUGGUGUUUGAAUUUGUUGAUCAUACAGUUUUAGAUGAGCUCCAGCAUUAUUGCCGUGGAUUGGAUAACAAAAGGCUUAAAAAAUACCUCUUCCAGAUACUACGAGCAAUUGAGUAUCUCCACAAUAAUAAUAUCAUACAUCGUGAUAUCAAACCUGAGAAUAUUUUGGUAUCUCAAAGUGGAAUCACCAAACUCUGUGACUUUGGGUUUGCUCGCACGUUAGCCAAAGCUGGUGAUGUUUACACAGAUUAUGUGGCCACGCGAUGGUACAGGGCUCCUGAACUGGUGUUAAAAGACCGGACCUAUGGAAAACCUGUUGACAUCUGGGCCCUAGGUUGCAUGAUGAUUGAGAUGGCUACUGGAAAUCCCUAUUUACGUAGCAACUCUGACCUAGAUUUACUUCAUAAAAUUGUAACUAAAGUAGGCAAUUUGACACCUCAUCUUCAGAGUAUUUUUAAAAGAAGUCCAGUUUUUUCAGGGAUGGUACUUCCUGAAGUCCAGCAUCCUAAAAAUGCAAGGAAAAAGUACCCCCAGCUCACUGCCUUGCUGGCUGAUAUGGUUCAUGCUUGUUUACAAAUAAACCCUGACGAUAGGAUCUCCUGUUCAGAUUUGCUGAGGCAUGACUAUUUCACUAAGGAUGGAUUUAUUGAAAAGUUCUUACCAGAACUGAAAGCCAAAUUCUUACAAGAAGCAAAAGUGAAUUCUCUUUUAAAAAUCAGAGGGAGUAACAAUAAUGUUGGACUGCUAAAAGAUGAAAAGAGAAGUGCUCGUAUUAAUGCCUGUCUGAAUGGCCCAGUAUUUAGGAAGGAUGUCAGAAAGGACAAAAAAUCAAGGAAUCUAAAAGCAAAAGUUGCCAAAGUGAAAGGUAGGAAAAAAGCAAUUGMAGAGAUGGAAAAACCUCGUCAAGAAGACGCAGUCAUUCAACAGGCUGCUUUGUCACGGCGUGGUUUUCCUGAAGAGGCCAACGCCAACCUCCCCGACAUGCCGGGCUCUGCAAGGGCCAGCAGAGAUCUCCCCAGGCCAGAGGAUCCUCUGUCCACGGGCAAUUGUUCAGCAAUGCCUCCCAUCCGUGCAAUCUGYGGCAACCUCACCGCGGCGACCUUCAAUUCGCACUUUCCAAUUUCCAGUACCAGGGCACCUGAAAAAAUAAAGAAAAUAAGUCCUUGGCAAGCAGUGGGACAGAUGGGAACCAGAACUAAACAGGGCGAAGAGUCUGGGUCUCAGAUGCAGUCAGGAAAGGUUGCAGCAUAUGAACCAACUGCUCAGAUGGAUCAAAUGAUCAGUGUGAACCAAAAGAAGUGUGGUGUUGCAAAACCAGAGAGAAAAGACAUCCGUUUCCCAGAACUGCUGAGAACAUCACAACAAGGCCUGGAAGCGAAACAGGUAAAAAUGCCGAAGAGGGAGGCGAAGAAUUCUGAAGUAUCUAAAAUACCUUCUUUACUCAAUAUUGAUCAAUGAUAAGAAAAACAAGAGACUGUGGAAUAAAACACACAAAAAAAACUCGAGCAAUCUUUCCUGGAAUAAGCAAUGUACCAGCAUGUGAAACUCUGGAAUCUUUGUAGAGUAAAAUCUUUGUUCUUAAUCUUUGAGAAGUUAAUAUGGCUUUUUAAUGAUGUGGGGGAUUUUCGAGGUUUGCUGUGGUAUGUAUGC